AGUUUGGGUGGUGUUUGGGGCAGCUUCGAAGCCAGCUCAGCCUCGUGGUCAUCGCCCGGAUGCUGGGCCAGCAAGAGGCGCUCCCUCUCUGGCAAGAGAAGGCCCAGCUAUCCUCACUCAGCCAGCUCCUGAGCCUCAUGAGGCCAUCAUCCCUCGGGCAGUACCUGGGCGCUGAGACCUUGCCACCCUGCCGGGAGCAACAGCCAAAGGCCAGGGCAGAGCUAGACCACAAGGUCUGCUACCUGUGCCACAGCCUCCUGACACUGGCCGAGGUGGUGGUCAGCUGCCAGGACAUUACUCCAGACCAAUGGGGGGAGCUGCAGCUGCUGUGCAUGCAGUUGGACCGCCACAUCAACACCCAUAUCCGAGAGAGCCCCCAGGCCAUGCACCGGACCAAACUCAAGGACCUGGCAGCCCAGACCUACAUCCGCUGGCAGGAGCUGCUGACCCACUGCCAGCCCCAGGCCCAGUACUUCAGCCCCUGGAAAGACAUCUAACAGAGCGCGGCAGGGGAGGCCAGGGCUCUUGGCUCUGGCAGGAAGUGAAUGGGGCCUGAGGAACUGGAGGAAGCGAAGAAUGGAGGCCAGAGGAGGACCAGUCUGUUGAAGCCAGAGCCUGCCUCUGCUGUCCCUGACCCCACCGGGCAAGGGA